AUGUCGCCCUGUUUGCCUGGAUCUCCGCCCCUCGCUUCGUCUCUUCCACCCAGUGCCCCGGCUGCUGGGGCGGCGGAGGUCUCUUUGAAGCGCGCUGCCAGCGCCCGGGACGCGAGGCCGCAGCCAGACGGCGCGACCGCGGGGCCCGAGAUCUUAUCUCGGCCGCGCCCCUAUUACGCCGAGGAUGGCACGGCCACCGCCGCUGCGGCUUGUCGACCGGCAAAACAACACUUCUCCCGUCGUUCGGACGCUUUUUGUAGCGGGCAUUUGGAGAGCACGGCGCUGCUGCUCCCCGCUUUCACGGCCUGCUUCCCGGACGCGGGCGGCGCGCGAUUGGCACGUCCCGACGAAACGUGCGCGACGGACUCUUUGGCGGGAAGAUAG